UCCAGGAGGUUGAGCGUUGUACAGGUGAAAGGAAUGGGGGUGAGGGGACGUGGCGGGCAAUUCAAAAAUUGACUAGAUUAAUCCAAAGGUUUGGAGGUGGGAGACCUAACUAAAAACCCAAGAGGCUUGGACCAGUAGUCUAGGGGAGGAGUGAGCAAGAUGAGGAGAAGGGAACUGGGGAGAGAGCCAGGACCUGGGGCUGGGGGAUGGAAUAACAGGACGCGGGUGGGGACCACCCUAGUGCUGUGAGGACAGUGCACUAUGUCUGCUGGCUGGCACCUGCAACUGAAAUUCCCAGGUCGUCUCCUCACAGCCUUUUCCCUUUGGCUCACAACCGGCGCCCAGGCUAACCCCUUCUCCAUUAGCCACACUGGCCCGGCACAGCGAUGACUGUCACCUACACAGCCCGAGUGGCGAAUGCCCGCUUCGGUGGUUUCUCGCAGCUGCUGCUGCUGUGGCGCGGAAGCAUCUACAAGCUCCUGUGGCGAGAACUGUUGUGUUUCCUGGGGCUCUACAUGGCGCUGAGCGCCGCCUACCGCUUCUUACUGGCAGAGGAGCAGAAGCGCUACUUCGAGAAGCUUGUCAUGUACUGCGACCAGUACGCCAGCCUCAUCCCUGUCUCUUUCGUGCUUGGCUUCUACGUGACUCUGGUGGUGCAUCGCUGGUGGAACCAGUACCUAUGCAUGCCUCUGCCCGACGCCCUCAUGUGCGCGGUGGUCGGCACCGUGCAUGGGCGCGACGAUCGAGGCCGCCUCUACCGGCGCACGCUCAUGCGCUACGCAGGGCUCUCAGCGGUGCUGAUCCUUCGUUCGGUCAGCACAGCAGUCUUCAAGCGCUUCCCCACCAUAGACCAUGUGGUCGAGGCUGGAUUUAUGACCCGCGAGGAGCGCAAGAAGUUCGAGAACUUGAACUCAUCUUACAACAAGUACUGGGUGCCCUGCGUGUGGUUCUCUAGCCUGGCGGCGCAGGCGCGGCGGGAGGGGCGCAUCCGCGACAACAGUGCCCUUAAGCUGCUGCUGGAGGAGCUGAAUGCGUUUCGGAGCAAAUGUGGGAUGCUGUUUCACUACGACUGGAUUAGCAUACCCCUCGUCUACACCCAGGUAGUGACGAUCGCCGUGUACAGCUACUUCCUGGCUUGCCUCAUCGGCCGUCAGUUCCUCGACCCUGCACAGGGCUACAAAGACCACACCUUGGACCUGUGCGUUCCCAUCUUCACCUUACUGCAGUUCUUCUUCUAUGCCGGCUGGCUGAAGGUGGGUGGGCAACUCAUCAACCCUUUCGGAGAGGACGACGACGACUUUGAGACCAACUUUCUUAUUGACCGCAACUUUCAGGUGUCGAUGCUAGCCGUGGACGAGAUGUAUGACGACUUGGCUAUGCUGGAGAAAGAUCUAUACUGGGACGCGGCAGAGGCUCGCGCGCCCUACACCGCGGCCACGGCUUUCCUGCUGCAGCAGCCCUCGUUCCAGGGCUCCACCUUUGACAUAGCGCUGGCUAAAGAGGACAUGCAGUUCCAGCGGCUGGACGGCGUGGACGGCCCACUGGGAGAGGCUCAUGGGGACUUUCUGCAGCGCCUCCUGCCGGCGGGUGCCGGCACUGUGGGUCCGCUGGGGCGGCGCCUGUCGCUGUUAAGGCGUAAGAACAGCUGCGUGUCCGAGGCGUCCACCGCGGCCAGCUGUGGGUGUGCAGGCACGGCGGACAGCGGAGGCGUUGAGUGCAGUUGUGGAGAGCCAUUGCUCGACCCCAGCCUGAGGGAGCCGGAGCUCGAGCCCCCAACGUGUCCUGAGCCGCCUGCCCCCAUCCUGGGGCCGACUGCUGAACCUUUCACCACCGUGCCCAUUCCAGGGCCCCGAGCUCCGGCGCCGCCUUGGCUGCCCAGCCCUAUUGGAGAGGAGGAAGAGAGUCCAGCCUGAGACCCUGGGACCAGUACCCCUACGGACACCCAAUCCUGUACAGGGCAUGCUGGUGACCACAAAGGUCUGCACCAGCUAGCCAUGCCUGCACAAAGUCGUCCUGCCCAUUUUGAUCAGCUAUGUCUCCCACUGGGGCUGCUGGUGGUUAGGGGUCCAUAUUCUCCUAGCUGCUGUUGCUUUUUUUCCCCCCCCCCUACUCUCAGCUUCUUUAAGUGGCUUUGCUUUCCUCACACCACCACCUGACCUGGGUUGUUCCCUUGCAGUGGAAUUGUGAGUGCCUACCUCAUGAACUUGUGAGGAUUAAAACAAAAAUAAAUGAAAUGGUUUAUAACAGGUGUUCAAUAAAAUGGUUUAUAAUAGGUUCAAUAGGUUUUCAAUAAAAUGGUUUAUAAUAGGUGUUCAAUAAAAACAUCUCUAGCCAGAUCAUUUACAAGAUUUGUAAGUUCUCUGGGCUUUUGUUGUUGUUGGAUACAGGGUAUUAUUGUGCAGCUGGCCUGUACCUCCUGAUACAGACGAGGCUCUCCUGGAGCUCACAUUCAUCUCUCUUACCUACCUAGUGCUGGGCUUAAAGGCAGGUGACAUCACACCUGGCCUUCCAGACAUUCUUGAUGUUCUCCACCCCCAAAUUUUGAUGGAAUACCUUUGGUUUUAUUCACUGGUGGGAGAGAAAUGGUGAUCAGAGCCCUUAGCAUGAAAGACAAGCAGUGGAAACACUGAGCUAUAUCCCCAGGCCCACUCACAUCAGUAAGUUAGCCACUGUCUCAAAGCAACAGUUUUCCCCUUGCUCCAAGCACCUGAAACCUCAAAUACAAAUUCUCUCAGCACUCCAGGUCCUGUGUAUAUGGUGUUGGGGGAUGCAACCCAGGCCCUCUUGUAUACUAGCUAAGCCAGGCAACUACUACAAUCCCAGC